CCCAAUCGCGCAGCUCGGGUGGUAGUCGUCUCUCAUCGUUCAGUUCCAGAGUCUGGCCGCCUAGAGAAGCCGGGGUCCUGAUCCCCGCCGGGGUUGGCGGAUUGGCUAACGCAGGAUUCCCUGCCAUUACUUGGAAGAGACAGAUGGCGCUAAGACUACCAAGACCCCAGAUCCAGGAGUCAUUGACAUUUGGGGAUGUCACUGUGACCUUUACCCGGCUGGAGUGGAGACACCUGGAUGCUGUCCAGCAGGCCCUGUACAGGGAUGUGGUGAUGGAGAACUAUGGGAAUCUGGUGUCUGUGGGGCUUCUCUCUUCCAAACCCAAACUAAUUACUCAGUUGGAGCAAGGAGAGGAGCCUUGGAUGGAGGUGCAAGAGGUUCCCUCAGUCCAAGAGUAUUGGCCUAAAACAAAGAUGUCAGCCCUAAGGCAAAAUCCUUCUGAAGGAUCUGUUCUUGGAGAGCAAGCAAAAACUCUCAUGUUGGAAAGAGGCCUGGAUUGGGAGAGCAGAAACUCCACAGAGAAGAAAUCCUAUAAAUGCAAGGAAUGUGGGAAAGUCUUCAAAUAUAACACCUCCUUUAUUAGCCACCAGAGAAACCACACUCAUGAGAAACCAUAUAAAUGUAAAGAAUGUGGGAUAGCUUUUAUGAGCAGUUCAUCUCUUUUAAAUCAUCAUCAAAUUCAUUUGGGCAGUCCACCUUAUAGAUGUAGUAAAUGUGGGAAAUUCUUCAAGAAGCCAUCAACAUUUAUUAACCAUCAGAAGAAUGAAUCUAGAGAAAAAUCCCAUAAAUGCAAUGAAUGUGGAAAAGCUUUCAGAAAGAAUUCUAUCCUUUUAAGUCAUCAGAGAGUUCACACUGGCCAGAAACCCUACAAAUGUGAAAUCUGUGGGAAAGUCUUCGCUCAGAAUUCAUCCCUUACACAGCACAAAAGAAUACAUAGUGGAGAGAAACCUUUUAAAUGUAAUUCAUGUGGAAAAGCUUUCAGGGAUAGAUCAACUAUAUUGCAACACCAAAGAAUCCAUACUGGUGAGAAACCAUAUAUGUGUAAUGAAUGUGGAAAAGCUUUUUGGAAGAGCUCAGCUCUUAAUAAUCAUCGAAGAAUGCAUAUAGGAGAGAAACCCUAUCACUGUAAUCAAUGAGGGAAAUCUUUCAGGUACCGCUCAUCUUUGAUUUAUCAUCAAAAGACUCAUAGUGGAAAUAAACCCUAUCAGUGUAAAGACUAGGAGAGCUUUCAUGAAGACCUCACCCUUCCUGGACAUCAGAAAAUUCAUACUGGAGAAAAAUCCUAUCAAUAUAAGAAGUGUAGGAAGUUGUUUUGGCACCACUCAGGUCUUAUUGAGCAUCAGAGGCUGCAUACCAGAAAAAAACCUUACAAAUGUAAUGAUGAAGGAACGAGUUCAGCCCUUAAACAACAUAAGAAAAUUCAUAAUCAAGAAAGAGCAGUCUAAUGUUAGUGUGGUAACUCAUGCAGGAGUGGUUUAUUCCUUCCUAUCAUUAGAGGAGACAUUCAAUAAAUUACAUAUUUGAAAAAAUA